GUGAUAUAUCAUAUAUCGAUACUCCCUUCAAUACAAGAAGUUGACGUCCUAUUUUGAUUUGAUUCCUUCAAGGAAACCCAAAGUAAAGUCGUCGCUUUUUUUUCUUCUGUAUACGUUAUGCGAGUGAUUCCUAUGAAUUUUUGCUCUUUUGUUCUUUUGAUGAUUCGAACUCACAAUGUUAAGAUUGAAAGUAAAAGUGAUUACCAUCCGAACGACUCGUUCUCGUACAUAAUUGAUUUUUAGCAGAUAAAAAGGUUUCGAUAUAUUACUAUCAAGAGAUGGAAAUGAGUGGUGUGGUUCCAUUUAUGGCGAUGACAGAUGCAGUUUGCACAAGUUGGAUUAGCUGUGGUAGCUAAAGUGGCUUUGUCAACUGGCAUGACUACUUUCAUUUUUACAUUCUAUUCAAGUGCCCUAUCAACUCUCGUUCUUAUUCCACUUUCCUUCUUCUUUCAUAGGUCAGCUAUUCCACCUCUUUGGCCUACUUUUCUCUAUGGAUUUUUCUUGCUUGGCCUAAUGGGUUUCUUGAUACAAGUGGUUGGAUUCUUGGACUUCAAUAUUCUUCUCCAGUACUUUCCACAGCAAUAGUGCAAUUAAUUCCAGGAUUCACUUUCAUUCUUGCAGUCAUUCUCAGGUUUAAACUUAAAUCACCUUUCUUUUAACCUAUACUACUAAACUAGUUAAAAUUGUAUCUAGGCAUAGUUCAUAACUAUGCUCUUUAACUUGACCUCAACUGAUUCGAAUUUUGGGUAUGCACAAGUAGACGCUUAAACUUGUAUAAAAUUUAACAAGUAGACACACACAUCCUACUUCAGUUGUGACUUGUACACACAUGGAUGUCUCAUUGGACGCGUGUCUACUUGUUCAAUUUUCUAUAAGUUUACGUGACUAUUUAUGCACACCCAAAGUUGGAGGGCAUAGAUGUCAACUAAGGGUAAGUUGAAGGGCACGUUUAUGUAUUAUGCGUUGUAUCUAAAUAUUCAACUUUUAUGUUCACUAGUAUGCACACCCGAAGUUGGAGGGCAUAGAUGUCAACUAAGGGUAAGUUGAAGGGCACGUUUAUGUAUUAUGCGUUGUAUCUAAAUAUUCAACUUUUAUGUUCACUGGUUUUUCUUUUUUAGGAUGGAAAAUUUUGAGUACAAGAGUUUGAGCACAAUGGCUAAUAAAACUAUUGGGAUCUUGGUUUCAAUAAUAGGUGCACUUGUUGCAACUCUAUAUAAAGGUCCUCCAGUUUUCGGAAUUAGCCCUUUGAAUUCAAUAGUAACAACCCCUUCUGCUUGGGCCAUUGGAGGUUUACUCAUGAUGAUUAGCUCUCUAAUUGCUUCUUUAUUAUGAUUUCGCAGGUAAUUAUUUUUGCCAAUAAAGUAUUGUUUUUCAGCCAGAAUAUAAAGUGAAAUCAGGAGGUCAUGGGUUCAAGCCGUGGAAAUAGUCUCUUGCAGAAAUUCAGGAUACGGUCGCGUAUAAUAGACCAUUGUGACCCUUCCUCAGAACUCACAUAGCAAGAGCUAUAGUGAAUAUAAAGUGAAAUCAUGACCUGUUUUCCUCUGUUUCAUGUUUUGCAGGCAUUUGUCCUAAAGAAAUAUCCAGUAGAGCUGAUUAUAAUGUUGUUUUAUA